AGUGAUUGCAGUUUGUGUGAAAGUGGGAUCUCCUCUGUAAUACUUUAGAAAAGACACCUUGCUGUCAGUACAUAAAGAUCAAGAGCGCAUGUUACCCUGAAGAAAAAUAUCUGCACUCAGCGUGUAACCACUGUAGCUAAUGCAAGGCUUCAGCACUGUAAGUAACAGGUUGCCAUUCUGACGACUCAAUGGAAAAAGAUGGCCACUGAAAAGAGAGAUGCCAUAUCUUGGUAUCAAGAGAAGAUUGGGGCCUAUGAUAAGCAAAUAUGGGAAAAAUCUGUGGAACAGACUGAGAUCAAGGGCCUUAGAACCAAACCAAAGAAGAUGGUCAGUAUUAAAUCUGACUUGAUCGAUGUUGAUCUGGUGAGAGGAUCAACAUUUGCCAAAACUAAGCCUGAAAGCCCUUGGACGUCUCUAACUCGGAAAGGCUUAGUGAGAGUGGUUUUAUUCCCAUUGUUUUGCAAGUGGUGGGUGCAGGUGACCAGUCCUGGGGUUUUCAUUUGGUUACUAAUUAUAUACAUUUUGCAAGUAAUGGCUAUUGUCUUUUAUUCCAUGGUGCCUGUUGCUAGCAUAAGUGAGCAGAUAGGACCUUUGUGCCUAAUGCUGCUUCUAGGAACGGUUCAUUGUCAGAUAGUAUCAACAAGAAGUAGCAGGACAUCAGGGAUAGGUGGAAACAAAAGAUUAAGAACAAAGUAUCGGAAAUCAAUGAGCCCUGAUGAAGACAAUACCUUAAAAAAACGUUUUAAAACAACUAGCUCAGGCAACAGAUUUAGAUCUUUUUUAUACAAUAGAGUUAAAACUGAAAACCUAUCAAAAAAGGUGCACAAUAAAGGCGGUUAUCUUCAUAAUGUGCAUACUGUGGCAAGAGACAAAAAUUCUUCCAGACCUGGGAUUCAUCACUGUAAAAAUGAGGCAUCCGAUGCGGAGAAGAGUGAGCUUCGAAUGAAUGGUAAUGGAGUAUGGGAAGAUCUGACAAGUGAAGAAGAUAUAGAUGCAAAGAAUGAAAUGUCAUCCUUAUCUAGAAGCAUUGAAGAGGCCUCAAGUGAUAUUGCAUGCACUUUGACCAAAAGGAAUUUACACUCGGUUGCUAACAGGAGCACUCAGGAAAAAUUAAAAAAGGAAAGCCAGCCUUCCUGGGAGUCAGAUAGCCCUGUUGAGACAGAAGAAGAAUCGUUUUUAAGCCAGGGCUCCAGAUCUGGAAUAAGCUGCAGCUCUCACAGUUACAGCAUCUCCCAUCGAGAUUCAGAAAGCACUCGGCAAGGCUCAGAGACUGAGGAUAUGAUUAUGGAUGACCUCCUGCAUGGCCCCCAGUGCCUAUCAUCAUAUGAGAGUGACAGUGACGACAUCUUCUCCCACAGCUAUAAUGAAGGGAAUAGGAAGGCAUCAACAAAAGAUGUUUUUCAACUGAACCAUUUAUUUUGGCUACAGGACACUAGUCCAACGUCAAAAAAAGUGAGUGCCUUAAUUUGGGAAAGAGAAGAGUGUAAGAAGAUAGAUAUGUCUGUUCUGGAUAUCAGUGGGGUCAUCAUGAAACAAGUGAAUUCCUAUAAACAUGGGUUGGGCUAUCAGAUGUUGGGAAACCUUGUCACUCUGUGUCUGGCUAUUUUUCCAUUCCUGUUCAAUCUUUGCCAUUCCCGUGAUGUAGAGCAUAUCAUUUCAGUGUCAAGAGAGGAGCUCCUUGAAGUUUUUUGUGGGGGAACUCCAACGCCUCUUGUCCUGACGCUCUCCUUCAUUAACUUUGUGCUGCGUGCAUGCCUUACUUGGAUCUUUUUCUUCUUCAUGUGUGUGGCUGAAAGAACAUACAAACAGAGAUUCCUGAUAGCCAAGUUGUUCAGCCAUUUGACGUCAGCUAGGAAAGCCCUGAAGUACGAAAUUCCUCACUUCAGACUAAAUAAGGUGCAAAAUAUAAAGAUGUGGCUCUCAUUGCGUUCAUAUCUAAAGAGAAGAGGACCCCAAAGGUCUGUGGAUGUGAUUGUGUCUUCAGUCUACCUAGUUACCCUUUCCAUUGCAUUCAUUUGUUGUGCUCAGGUCUUACAUGGAUAUACCACUUUUCUGAAUUCUGUAUAUAACUGGGAAUUCUUGAUUUGGGAGACAGCACUCCUGAUUUUCCUUCUGCGCCUGACUUCUCUGGGCUCUGAAACAAACAAAAAAUAUAGCAAUGUUUCAGUCCUACUUACCGAAGAGAUUAAUGUAUACCUUAAAAUGGAAAAGAAACCAAACAAAAAAGAAAAACUUUCUUUAGUAAAUAAUGUCCUAAAGCUAUCGUCCAAACUCAUCAAAGAAAUUGACACACCUUUUCGACUGUAUGGCCUUGAUGUGAACCCUUUAAUCUACAAUAUAACACGUGUAGUCAUCCUUUCUGCUGUGUCAGGUGUUGUGAGCGACCUUUUAGGAUUUAACAUCAGGCUGUGGAAAAUAAAGCCAUGAACCUACUGAAAAGAAAAUGUUUCAACCUGUCAAGUCAAAGUGCUCCAAGUCUCCAUAUUCUCACACUGUUCAGUGAAAACAUGUUUAACUGGGUAUACUAUAUAAACCAUGCCAAUCCUUCAGCAUGUAUCAUUAAAAACAAUGUGUUUAUAGGCUAACCAGAUGCAGAUAAACUUAAUGACUAAAAUCUUGAAAGAAACUUUACUUUUGUAGUUAUUUAUUUUUUUAUUUUCUUUUGUAUACAGAAAACUAUAUAUUUGUGAAAUGUUUUCAACAAUAUGUAAUAAACCUCACUUUGUAUAACCAACUGAAGUAAAUAAAAUUUACAAACAUUAUA